GUGUAACAUUACGACCUGACGUUUAUGGGGACAGAGGACUACAGAUUUAUUACAACGCAUCCGACAACAAAACCUGGGAAGGUUUAGUGACAACCCUUCGGACUUUUCUGACAGCAUACACGCCAGCUGCUCAGCGUCUGAACGUCAACUGCACCGGUGACACGUACUUCAUCCAGGACACCUUCGACGGCCCCAAUAAAACAAAACUAUCCUGCAAAUUUACCUCAGAUAUGCUUCAAAACUGCUCCGGCAUCACAGAUCCGACUUUUGGCUUUCCAGAAGGAAAACCCUGUUUUAUUAUAAAGAUGAACAGGAUUAUCAAGUUUUUCCCUGGCAAUGGCACUGCACCAAGGGUAGACUGCACAUACAUGGGCGAAGAGUCUCGCCCGCUGGAGGUGGACUACUACCCUGUGAACGGUACCUUCAACCUGCACUACUUCCCCUACUAUGGAAAAAAGGCACAGCCCAGCUACAGCAAUCCUUUGGUAGCCGUGAAAUUUCUCAACAUUACAAGGAAUGUAGAACUUCGAAUAGUGUGCAAAAUCAUUGGAGCUGGAAUUACCUUUGAUAACAUUCACGAUCCGUAUGAAGGAAAAGUGGAAUUCAAACUGAAAAUAGACGACUGA